CUCCAGGGAAGUGAACUCAGGAAUAAUGAAAACGAAUGUGUUACCAUUGAUUUUGAUUGUACAAAUUUAUGGAUCAACUGUGCAUUCAAAUUUAGUGGACGCUGCCUACAGGAAUAAGGGUAAUGGCCGUUACAAUUACGGCUACUCGAUAAAAUUCGACCGAAGAAAUGCAUCACAAGGUCAUGUCGAACAAAGAAAUGGGGGCCAAACGCUAGGAAAUUUCUUUGUAAAUUUACCAAAUUCUGCAGCCCACUCUGAAGUUGACUACAUUGCCAACAAGCGAGGUUUCCAUCCAAUUGUCAGAAUAAAUACAAAAGAUGCUCAUAGUCAGGUUUCAAGCCACUUCGCUCUAGGGAAGGAAGCUGUUGAAGUCCUGAAAGAACUGAAUGAACAUUCAAAGAGCCCAGAAUUGGCCCCCAAUAAAUUGCUAACGAAUGAGGUUUUGCAGGAACAGCCUACCCUUUAUGUUACAGCUCCUGUGACUGAAGAAGAAAGCACCACUAAGCCAAUAGACAACGAAAGGAUUUCAAAACUAGUUACCAGCACCUACAACUUGGUUUCAAAUGAGGAUGUCUUUGAUAUAAAUGGGGCUGCUGAGGAGUAUUUCGAUGACAUCAGUGAUGACCGAUUGAAGAAAGUCAAUUUCGUUGAUAAACGCAUAAAUGAUGGUUUCGCUCAUUUCGCACGACCUAUUGUCGUUGAAGAAAUAAUAACAAAUAAUUUACCCCGAACUGCAGCAAGAUCGUUAAGGUCUGAUGAACAGGAAAUUGUCAUCUCUCCUACGAAGAACAACGUAUCUCUGGUAUCACAUGCAGCUUCUACAGGGAACAUCAACAUCGAAGUUCUGGACGAGAACAGCGAAUUCCGGAACUUUGGUGAUAGAAUCAGCCCGAAACAAUCGAAUGUAACCUCCGUGGUAAACGUGAUGUACACGGUAAGUGUACAUGAUCCAUCAGCUAACGGAAAACAACUUGAUCAAGAAGUAGCGGAAAAUUCGAAAGUCUUAGAAUUCAACGAAACUAGAAAUGAUCUCGAAGCAACUUCGACUGUAGGCUUAUCAGAGUCGUUUUUGGCCCCACUACAAGCCGGUUUGCUACUUCUUAAUGAUCAGACAGACGUAAAAGCGUCUGAAGAAUUUGAAGACAAUAUCCUUUCAGAUUCUAUUCAAAAUAACCAACAAGUUCCUAAUAAUAUUGAAACUUUAAGCGAACCUCCUCCGGUUGACGAAAAAGAGUUAGAUUUUGAAGAAGAAAGAGACACAAUACUGCCCCCAACCACAUUAGUUGAGUCCUACCGUUCAGCUCCUGUCAUUGAGAUAAUCGAAAAAGGGGUGGAAAACAAUGCAUCUACCAAAGUGAGCGAUCAAACUUACAUCCAUGCUGUCGAAACUCAUGAAGAUAAUGAAAGCAUUUUCAAGGAUAAUAUCAAUACAGAAACUGGAAUAAAAGGUGAUUUCAAUGCCUCACUAAAUAGCCCAGAAGGUCCUACCGGCAUUUUCAAACCAAGCAUUCGCACGGAGGAUGCUGAGCGGCUAUCACAAAUCAGAGAAAACGUUUUUCGACCAAUGCGACCACAUAAUCCUCCACCCUAUCAAUUUGGAGGUGGUGUCACCAUCUUUCCCCCAAUACCUAUUGUACCCCUGCCAGUCCCGAUUUCUUUUCGGGUUCCAGGCAAUUCCUACCAUUUCGUCCAAACCCACCACUAUCCACCGAAUUUUGUUCAAAAUGAGAACUGUGUGAAUUGCUUACACAAAGUUGUUAAAGAUGACUACUACGGACCAGUGCCACCAAUAAACGAAUACUCUCUUUGGAAUACUGUGAAUUCUCGUCACCAAAGGCAGCUCACAUCGGGGAACCAUCCGAAAAUGGAAUAUGGAUUUAAGCCUCCUUUGAGACCAUCUAUAGAAAUUAAUGAACAAGGGUUACCUCUUGUUAAAAAUCACCAUUAGUUUUACAUUUAACCAGAUUGAUUUAAUUUAUUGUAAGAUCCAUCAUUUUUCGUUGACUAAUGCUAGGCUAAUCAUACUUUAAACUAAUAAAACGAAUUUAAGACGACGA